GGGAAUGCGACGAGACGUGUCGCCCCUAUCCUGCGUUGAAGCCUUGUGUUUGGGGCUGUGUGGACUGAACCCCGAUAUAUCGUUAGAAAUCGCGAAUGUCUAUCUGGUGGACAUCAUCGUUGCUUAUUUUGUUUAAAUCUUACCUCAUUUGCGGAUUCGAAUAUUCGUUGAUCACAGAAUUGUGUCGAAGUGACGUAUUUCGUUGAUUGUUUUAGAAAUUGAGGGGGAAAUUGGCUGUGGUGAUGGAAGCGACCGUACUCUACCGCAGUGCCACCCAGUAGUCCGUCGGUGGAGCAGCUGAGUGCCAGGCUCUCCGUUUCCCGGUACAUUUUGUAUUGUGGUUGUGUGAGUUUUUUUUUUUUUUCCAUUUCUUGAGGACUGGAUUGCUAUCCGAUACCUCGCUACUGAUGAUGCCCUGUCGCUUGGCUCUCCUGAAUCGAGUACCAUAACCGUUAUCGGGUAUAUGAUGGGUUUCUUAGGUGGCGCGCUUUGGUGUAUAUUUGUAAGGCAUUGAUAACCGAUAGUGUGUCUUUUGCAAAUAUUUACACUUUCAUGAUUGCUUCUUGGUGGUUGGUUGUCACACCCGUGAUUGCUUGUUCCCGUCAUGGCAGACUGGGCGUUUGUUUUUAUCGAGAUGUUUAUCACAAGCUGUGGAACUUGAUCAUCCAAGUCCGGUGGCUGUUCUCUGAUUGAUUGGUUCGAAGGUGAUUGCGGCUCGAGUCAUUAUCGAGAGAAUUGCCCGUUAUUAGCUUUGGUGUAGUUAGCACCUCGACUCGUCUAGGAGAGAGUAACUGCCUCGCUUUAUUUUGUUGCUUCGAUUGGCGCAACUUCAUUUCUCCAUUACCGCUGUCUUUGGGACUUUCCUCUUUCCAGAGGAGUCUUAAGGGUUCAAAAGGCUUAAAAUUCAUUGUCAUGGUUGCUGUGUAGUUAAUUUGUAUGCAUUAAUACUGUCAGCCUCAAGAGCAAGCUUUACAUUCAAAUGAUUCGACCAAAGAGAUCGCUAUAUAAAAAGGCUCUGUUCCUGAGUGUUAACUUUAGGCGGCACAGUCUCAAAACGUCUCAAGAUAAUAACAAGUGUCAUUGUCGCUCAUUAGAAGAGCGAAGGAUUUAGCGUCUGACGCUGCUCAUGCCCUGGGGAUUCGCAAUAACAACGAGGCCACAAGUGAUCAGUGCUAUGUCUGCGCACACCAUCCCCUCCUCCCCCUACGCAUCCCGGCUCACGGGUGACAACCCAGCAACACCGUCAUCUUCAUUCAGCUUUGUAUUAUCGUUGCAAGAAAAGCUCCGUGGAAUAGAGACGAACAAUCGAUCUGGAGUUCAUGGUAUGCCGUCGUCUGUCCGUCUACGCCCAACGCUGGCUCUUGUAUUAAGAAUGAAAUGAAACUUCGCCAGAUUCAAGUAUGGAAUGGUAUCAUAAUGGCGGGACGUCAUCAUUGCCAGUGUCCGCCAAUUUGCCCUCUCCCAUGAUGUGUGGACCCCGUCCCUCCUCCUCCUCCUCCUCCGCCUCACCUCGCCAUUCACCUCUGGAGCCUCCCUCGAGACUCUCUCCCCUAGAGACUCACAAAAGACUCUCUCAUCACGAUACGUCUCCCAGACUUUCCCCUAAUGACCCUCCGCGUAGGCUCUCACCCAUCGACACUUGUUCUUCGAGGUAUUCUCCUUUGUCUGGUCCCCCUAGGAGGCUGUCCUCUGGCGAAUCCUCAAGCAGACUCUCUGUCAGUGAAUCACAUUCCCGACUCUCUCCAGGUAAUUCUUACACAAGGCACAGCCCUCAUGAAGUCAGCUCCCAUAGAUUUCCUCCCAGCGAGCCUCCGUCCCGGUUGUCACCCUUAGACACUCCUCCUUCGAGACGUUCUUCUCACGCUGCUUCCCCUCGAUUGUCCCCACAUGAUUCGUACUCUCGAGAAUCCCGAGUUUCACCCUACGACUUUCUACCGAGGCUCUCCCCUUGCGAUAGUCCUACGAGAUUUUCUUCCCAUGAGUCUACUCCCAGACACGGAUACUAUGAUCCUCCGCCCAGAUUGUCCCCAUGUGACAGCCCUACCAGGUUCUCUCCACAGGACCCUCCUAGGAAUUCCCCACAUGGAUCUUCACAUCGUCUUUCCAAACACGAACCACUUCCUAAGCAUUCCCCUUGUGACAGUUCUACAAGUCAUUCUACCAGUCAUUCCCCUCAAGACCCUCCGUCUCAUCAUUCCCCUCACGAGGCUCAUCCUUUCCUCUCGCCACAAGAGAUUCCAACAAGGUUGUCGCCUUUAGACACUCGCUCCCCACAUCCUUUCCCUGUUCCAUCUGGUAGCAGGCACAAACUACCAGAAAUUGCGGCAAAUCAUGACAUUGACCCUCCAUCUCCAAAACUUCAUAGGAAGGAAACAGAUUCAUCAUUUAAUAACGUAAGGCUACAAGAAACAUAUAUAAAUGUGGAAGCACUGGAAGAAAGGGAAACAGAAAAACAAUUGUCAGAAGCCUGGAAGAGAAAAAGAAGAAGAUCAAUAGAACCAUCGAUCCCUGAAUAUCUAAAGUCGGCUCCCAUCAAGCGCAUUAAACACCCAUUGGAAGAAAAUGUCUUGGUAACGUUCUUUUCUACCUUUGCUAGCAUAGUUCUGACAUGUGCUAUAAGUAUCCCUCUGAGUUUAGCUUUCUUGUUAGUUCUUCCUGCUGCAUUCCUGAUGAAAGUCGUGACAGCUGCUUGCCAUAAACCUAGAUUUCACAGUUGUAUCUCGUGUCACAAUGAUUACUUAGCUCCCCAUGAUGCACAGUUCCUUCUGCAAGAUGUUGACAAUCAUGCUAUCAUCCAUAGCGUCUUGAUUAUUGACGCCUCGAUGAACCUGAAACGAAUCAAACAGCUGUUAGCCACAAGGGUGGUUGAGGCUAAAAAUGGUGCUGGUGGACUUAUGUAUCCUAGACUUACUCAGAUGGUGUCUCAGUUGCCUGCUGGACCAGCUUGGGUUCUUGAUCAAAACUUCAACCUCCACAACCAUGUUUUCUCUGGUCCAGCUAUCACAACAGAGGAAGAACUACAAAAAUAUGUUAGCUCUUUACUGUCUCAACCAUUACCUCCGACACGACCUUUGUGGGAAAUCAUUGUACUGCACGAUUAUGGGCGUAGUAGAGAUACUGUCCUCGUCUGCCGUUUACACCAGUGUCUAUCGGAUGGAAUGUCUUUGAUCCGAGUUUUGUGUCAGUCACUUUCAGACAAUCAAAUCAUGCACAUUCCUCAAAAACCUCACUUUGGAGGAACUACCUAUGGUAUGAAUCUUAUUAAAGCCUUGUUAAUCGGACCAAUGACUGCUUUGACCUGGCUUUGGUGGUGGCGACCUGACCUGAACCCACUAACCGUUCGUCGGAAUUCGUGUUCAUACCGAACUCGAAAAUGCAAAAGUAAAAAGUCUUACAGCUGUAAGAGAGAUGUCAGUGACGGUGACAGUGAAGAGAGUGGUGCUUACACCGUCUGGAACGAAGAUACGACAGAUGGUCAAGUGGUGUUUUGGUCUGCGGCUGUGUCUGUGAACAGGGUGGUGCGCAUCAAACAAGUCACUCGUACUUGUCUGAAUGAUGUUCUCCUAGCAGCGCUCUCCGGAGCUCUAAGGCUUACUUUACAACGGCAAGGCGUAAUGCAUCCUUCUGACCUCAAGGUCAGCUUGGCGGUGGAUCUGCGAAGCAAUUCCCUUCCAUUCACCAUACCUCGUCUUGGAACCAAGGCAGCUCUGGUGCCCUUGUCUCUACCUCUUAGUUGGGAAGCGUCCAUACCCAGGCUGUGGGAAGUCAGGUCACGGGUGGAUGACAUGAAGGCCUCUGCUGACCCAGUCGUGUCAUACGGCCUUGUAUGGUUAGCGUACCGCUUCCUGCCCAUGAGCUGGGCGCGUCGGCUCUUGGAGAGGCUACAUCACAGAAUGUCGCUGCAGUAUUCUUCUCUGCCUGGACCUACGUCGUCUCUACUUCUUGGAGGGUAUACUGUCAAACACAUCUAUAACGUCUCCCCAGUGCGAGAUCCCACCCCGGUGAGCGUCACAGUUCUGACCUAUGCUGACCAAGUGCAUGUCUCAGUCGCUGCUCGGAGGUCACUGCCGUCGGCGGUUGUUAUCACGAAAAAUAUUUUGGCUGAGUUUGAAAACCAGUGUUUGCAGAUGUCCGAGUUGUUGGCGCAUAGACGAAUUCCAGGAGAACAACGGCGUGGUUUGGUGUUUUCCCUAAGUGAACUGAAUAAUCCUCAGCCUAUUUCUGAUUUGCAGAAAAAGCUAAGCAGAGUCCAGGCAGAGCUGCAGAAAGUUACACAGCAAUAUGAGGCUGAGGUCCGGGAUAUGUUAUCCCAGAAUCAGGAAAAUGAUACCGAAAUUCCUGAAGGAGAGGAGGCUGCUAGCGGGGUAUCUUCUGAUGCAGCACUAAUAGGGGGAACGAGUUAUGGAGGAAGGGCGCAUUCUACUAAGCGACAGGAAUUAGCCACCAAAGUUCAGUCACUCAAAGAUGAAUUCACUGAUUUGUUAACUGAAAUUCGUCGAAGAAAAAGUAUAACUGAUGGCGGUGGAACUGUUGGUGUUGGAAUUCAGACCGAAUUUGAGGAAGAUGAUGGAGAAAUUCGCCGGCCUAGGAAAAGAGCAUUGUCUACCACCUCCACCUGGUCGUCAACUUCUGGACGUGAAGUAUCGUCAUGCAUGGCGCGUCCCCUGACAACGUCACCCCAAAUAGUUGGCCCUCCUAUCAUGUCGCCUCCUUCCCCGUCUCACGAGCAUAGCUUUCCUGCGACUCAGCCAAGGACAUACCUUGUUACAGAUAUUACUUAAGCAAUGUGCAAGCCAAGUAAAUGCUAGAACAAUGAAAUGAUGGUUGUUAUUUUAAUAAUCAACGAUUGGGUCGUUUAAUCAUAUGAUUCAUUUAGAUGGCUUGCAUUAAUGAUAAAGGGGACAGAAUUUGUACAAACUUUGUAGAUUAGGUAAUCAAAUGUUUAAAAUUUUUAUAAGCUUUUCUCAUGUUUUAUGUUUGUUGGAAAGAAUUUUAAUGCCUUUGUUCUUGUUAUUAAUAGAAAAGAUAACUUAAUCAUAGAUGUAGCGUUGUUAUAUAUGAAUAUAUGGGUACUGUAUUUUACCACAUCAAUAUAUGUAAUGAAGACUAAUUUAAUUACCUGUAAACAAACAAAGUGGUGGAGCCACAAUACAGGACACGCAGCUGCGGUUAUACUUAGCAAGUUCGGAUUUGCAUGUGAACUGUAAGUAUAGUACUCCAGUAACUUGCAUACGGAUGUGAUAUAAUUUAUUGGUUAAUGAUUUGCGACUUUAUGUACCUGCUAUGUAUCAUAUGUUUCCAAACGUUGGUAAGGAUGCAUAUAUGUAGGUACUUAUGGAUUAUCGCAGCAUGAUCGCAUAAAAUGCUAUGUCAAUGCAAUGUUACAUUUUCGUCAUUGGCAGGAGAGUAGCAGUUGCAAUUAUGAGCAUGGUUGUGAUUUAAAGCAAGCAAACAAAUAAUCUAUGUUUAAGUUUAAACGCAAAAAUGUCAAAACAUAAUACCAAGCCACAGAAAAACAGAUUAUGGAUACUUCGAAUAGCAAUUUAUUUCAUAUGAACUCAGUUGGAUCAUAAUUCAACACGAAAAUUGAAAUGUAUUAGAAAUGUGAAGGUUUAUAACACCUCUCAUUUGAUGUCAGAUAUAACCAGUCUCCUUGAAAAAAUGUAUGGUUCUAGUAUUCUUAUUAUGCAGAAAGAAAAAGACGGCUAUGAUGCAAAAGUGAAUGUACACAAGGGUAAUCAUAAUGCUGACCUUCGGGGCUUUCUACAUCUGUUUAAUGUUUGUAGGGGACAAAAGGACCCCAAGGAAAAUUAUAACUCGAAGAUUUUUGCAAUUUGUAAGGAUUGAGAUUUUUAAAAGAUAGCCAUUUUUCUUCUAGAAUAUCUCAUAUUUUGUGCCAGGUGUGGCAAAAUGUUUCCCUUCUAGGUGCUUAAUUAAUGUCACCAAAAUAUUUACUAUUUUUCAAAUUGGUUAGAGUCCAAACUAUAAUAAUUAAUUAAAUGCUUAUAUACUGUAUGGAAGUCAUUAUUGUCUCUUUUACCAUACCUUUUUUUCAUGCUACAGUUCACGAUGUCUAGCAACUGAAGUAAACCUAAAUCUUCUGAAGUUACAUUAUGUACACCAUAUUUAUAUUAUUUUCAAUAUUCUAGUAUUACUCUCCUAUAACUGAAUUUAGCACUGAGAAACUUUAAUGCUUACUGUUUCCACCUAAUUUCUCAACUUUCGGAGCAUAAAACCCACGACUCUUGUUUGGAAAUCUAUAAAUUUCACUCUUAAUGGGAAAGACUUUCCAGAAUCUUCUUCCGUUAGAAAAGUUAUCUUUAAUAUCAUGCAUUUCUGAAAUUUUACCCCAUUAAAACUUAUCCACUUUUCAAUUCCCUUUAUUCCUCUCAACAUAAAUGUUACCGAGAAGGCUAUCAUACAUAACAAUAAUAUUUAGUCCAAUAAUCACUGCUCACUCACUUCGUUUAACUUUUCUUGGCGUAUUUCAGAUAUCUUGUUACUGAUAUCUAGAAAUUUACCGUAAAUUCCGGAUAAGGAGGUAUUUCCAUAUCCUACUACCAGCAGCCUGCAAGGCUAUUAUAUAUAAUGCUGUACAAUAACAGAGAAGGAAGUCAAACUAGGGAAACCUGAAGCUUCAAAAAAUUGUGAUCUAUACUUUUAUAGCACAUUGCAAAUAUAUAUAUCUUAGUAUUGUAAAUAGUCAGUUACUGCAGAUGUUAAUAUACUGUAUAUAUGCUCCUAAAGUAUUUUUUGUAGUGUAAAGGUAUAUAGAUUUAGAGGCUGGUGCCAAUGACCAAAAUUUAAGCUUAUACUGUUAAGUAUUGUUCCAAUGAAGAAAGAUGUAAUGCUAAGCUCGAGAUUUUUAAGUUAGUUUAAUGGACAGAAACUGAAGAACAGUAAUUACUUCAGACUUUGUUCUGAAUAUUCUGUAAGCCUAUUCUUGUUACAUGAUCAAAGGAAACUCUGUGGUAACACAUUUUAAUCAACAAUCAUCUGCCUGUGUUUUAUUAUAACUGAUUAUAUAUCAGAUAUUUUUAAGCUGUUACUGAUACCUUUCCAUGUUAAAUCCGUUUAUAGCUUUUGCUUGGAGCAAUCAUUAGAUAUUGUAGUUCUUGUCCUUGAUGUAUGAAGCAUUAUAUCCUUGAAUUUAAACUUAUGAAUUUUAAGUAAAAUAUACAAAAGGCUAUGAUAAAAAAUUAAAUCUAUUAUUCUAUUACUAUAAUUUGAAUAAUCUCCAUAUGGAAUUUGUAAUUAAAAGAAAUAAUCUUAGUGAUAUUAUGAUAAUAUGUGGUGAUGUCCUUUGAUUACCUAGUUUUAUCUAGAGAGGCUAGUAGUUAAUCUAUUACGUCUAUAACUUCAAAAAAAUGAAAGAUAAUUAGCAUCCAGUUUUUGAGUUUUGGUUUUUGAGUGAUUAUUGAAACUAAAGAUGCAGCUCGAAACGAUGUGAUGAGUCUAGGCAAUAUUUUGUUAACCAUCACAUUCCGAAUGCAAAUCACAGUGAGAAAGAAAUGUGGAACUUCUUGAUCUGGACUUCACUUCCACAUUAAAUCAGUCAAAUUCAUUUGGACAGAGUUGAAGGCAAGUAAAAAGUAAAAUAUGCAUAUCUUAAAGGAUUUGAUAUCUACCGAGGUAAAAAACAAUAUCUGGUUCAUCAGACACUUGGACAAGUAACUAAAUAUCUGAAAGAAUGACUCACUAGUGACAUCCUAAUUUGUCCUUUAGCGAUUUCCCUGCAUUACUCUAAUAUCCUGGGAAAAGUGCUCACUCCGCAUGAAGUCUUUGCAUUCAUUGGUCUGUUUAGUAUAUCAAGGCCAUUUCACCUAAAUCGCAAUUAGGAAAAAUUCCGCCCUUUUGACUAUUAACUGAUUGAUGUCCGCAUUUUUCAUGAACAUAAUCUAGGUGAUGGCUUUCAAAACUUGUUUUCUCUCGUAUAAAAAAGAGAUCAGGAAUACAACAAGUAUACUGACAAUUCCAAAAAUAAGAUUAUGUUUACUAUAAUCCUUUUGCAGAUAUAUGGAAAACCUUUGCAGGUAGAGGCUAGACGUUUCAUACCAAGUUUUAUUACCGGAAAAGGGCCUUUAAGUUCACCGUGUUGCACUUGAUUUCACUUGUAAAUUCCAAAAGAACAUGCAACUUUUAUUCCUCAAGAUUGUGAACCAUUAAUUACUGUGGUCAGAUUAAACAAGAUGAAGUCACGCCGAGCAUUUAGUCUUUCAACUUCGUAUGUGAUCAAAAUAGAUAUCCGACGCUGUAUAGUACAUGAUAGCAUAGGUUUCCUUUGUUGAAAGAAAACAUUUGUUAAUAUUUCAUUAUCGUUUACGUAAUUACUCCCUUAAUUCACUGUUUUCUUCAAUGUGGGAUUCUAAUCAAAAUCUCAAAACCUCACGAGUCACGAGUGAUGUAUUUGUUACAUAUAUUAAUUAACAAUGUAUUAAAGAGAAUUUUCGAGAACCUGCUUAGUUCUCAUUUUCAGUUAUAUCCUUUUAUGACACAAGUAAAAGAAAUAAGUAAAUAAAUGGUUAGAAAGAUUGAAGAGCUUACCAAUGGUGUAAUACUCGGAUUUAAGGUGCAGACUGAGUCUAGGUUUUUUUUUUUUUUUUUUUUUUUUUUAAGAAGAAGAAGAAAACUCAUCUACUUUAGAAUGGGCUUCUGGUCGACAUUUACAUAUUUCCAAUCCAAAGUUAAACAGCGCUGAACAGCUAAUUGUAGUCAAUGAGUUAGUUGAUUUCGACUUUAGAGUGUCUAAUCAACCCCAAUUUUCUUGCAAGAGAGCUUAGAGGAGGUUACAAUGUAUUGCUGAGACAGUUUUCCUCUGAUUUUUAUGCAGUGCUCGGAUGCGCUGCGCUAUCGUUCCAGCAAGGGUAGAAAGGAUAUGCCUUGAAGUAGUGUUUCCUCAAUACAAUCAAAUUAAUAAAAGAUUUAAGAUACGAUAGUAAGUACGUAAUAGUUGAUAGCCCUGUGUGAGAAAUUAUAUACAUACAAUAACUUCGAGGUAGGUUGAAAUAAAAAUCUUUGUUAGUAAUCUGAUCACAAAUUUACUAGUCCUUUUUGGUGUAGAAGGUUUGUCAAGUGAUAAUGUAUGUUUCUGUUUACCGGGUCCCUUCGAAAUUUUCAACAUAGAAAUGGAGCAGGAUUGUUUAUUGCUUCAAUCAUCUUUCGCAAUAAAGACGCACUAAUCUAUGAUUAUUUGAAGAAAUUCUUUUGAAUAUGGAUGUAAGCGAUGUUCUUACAUUUUUUUCUUUUUUUGUGUUGUAAUAUAUUGUGGUGCUCUUGAAUGUUUAUUUUAUCUGUAAUUUAAAAUGCAUUAAGGUUUGAUGGAAUGUCUUGUUCCGAAAACAUCUAGUGUGUUGAUGACAUUUUGCGAGCAUUUGUUGUUAGAUAAUGAUAAAUCUGCAUAAUCUAAAUACGCCUUAGCCAAAAUAUCUUAAUCAAAUUCGUUUUCCUUGAAACUUGAAGGAAUGUAUUAUAGUAAAUGUUAAAGGCACAGGUGAAUAAUGUAAUUGCCAUGCAUUGUCUACAACUCUACAGUAUAAUUAACACUUAUCAAUUGCCUUAGGCAUGCCUUAGACUGAAGUUUCGUAAAAUUCUUGCAAUUUUUAAGAAAAACACCCCACUCUGCGUGAUGUACUUCCAUGCAAUAUAAGCAAUAUUGCAAUGAAACUCACAAAUCCAAGGCGGUUUCUGGGAAAUCGUCCCUAAAGAAAUUAACGUAUUGAUUCGGACAAAGAAGGUCUAUAUGAAAUACAACGCGUGUGAAUUAAAUCUCUCCUUUCAUUCAGUAGUGUCAUUGUAUUGCUUAAUUUCACGAUUAUUUUAAAAACUCCGAUACUGAAGUUAAUGCAUUUCUUUUCUGAGACGGACGUUCUCGCAUAUUGUAUUUUAAAGGAUUUGUUUGUAUUAUGAAUUCUACAUAAAGACAGUAAACUAACAUUCAUAUUGUAUGUGCCUGUGUGUAUUUGAUAUCAAUAUGUAACUGUUAUUUUUGGGAUAAGAAAACCUUGCUGUCAAUGUACCCUUUUCAGGAUUCUUCUUCCCAAUAAUCAGUUUCUUCUUUUUAUCAAUUCAAGUUUUCAAGUGAAAACUUAUGCCAUGAGAUUUUGAUUGAUUUACGUAUUAUUUGUUAUUUGAAAUGCCGUGAAGCAAAAUGCUUGAAUGUGCUCUAGAGGGUGAAUGAUUCAUAGACAACUCAAUUUAAUGAACCUAUAUAAAAAAUAACAAUGUAAAAUUUCUGGAAUACGAAGUUUAUUUUGGAUCUGGAAGGGUGAAACUGGAACUUUGAGUGUUGUCCUUGUGGGUAGUCAUUUUCACCAUGUAAUCAUUGCACUAUUGUUAAAUAUCCUUUACAAGAAAUAUUGUUCAUAAAAGUAUCAAUAUUAUACUAACUUCCUUAUCUUAACGUCACCCUGUAAGACUUAAUAUAGUACAAGUGACAGUUUGUGUUCUUAGGACCCUUGCAUAAUCAUGAAAACUUCAAAAUCAGCAUAACUUGUCAUCACACUUAGUGAUGAUAUUCUCGUUUUUCAUUUGUUCCUCCCUUAACGAACUAUUAAGCGUCAACUGAUUCAAAAGUCUAUCUUUCUACUUGUUGUUUACUCAAGAGUAAAAUAUGUAUGCUGUGCUACACAUUUAAGGGCCAUUACCAUCACGAUAUAAAGAUGUCUUAAUAGGAGUUUAGUACUGUAUAAUGAUGCUGUGAUGUUCAUUUUGUGUAUUUGUCAUAAAAAUGUAAGAUAAAACCAAAGCUAUUGUUACUGGUGCUAGUAGUCACUGAUAGAGGCGUCAUGAUUACGUUGUCAUUGUAAAUUCUUAUGAAUUCAAUAAUGCGAUCAUAUCAGUGUCGGGUUCUAAUGAAUUUUCCCUCACAAUGUUAUAAUGCAUGUUACAAUUCAUUAGAACUUUUGAAAAUUUUGAAUUUCUAUUAUGCCUUUACCGAUUUAUUAUAUGAAUGCUGUUAUUUUCACUGAUGAUUCUUAUAGGACCAAUAAUCUCUAAUGAAAGCUUAUAUAUUCCUUGUAACAUGUGACCAUAUGAAUAUUAAUGCAUUUUCUAUGUUCACUGCUGCUUGUCAUAUUACCAGUCAUGACUGUAAGAUUUGUAAUCUGUGUUAAGAGCAGUAACAAUAAAUUCAAAAUGGGUCUGAUUGUGGUGAUUGGUAAAGCCUUUAUGAACUAUUAAUAUGGUGGCUGUCUAUGGUACCCAUAGAAAUUAAUUUUUUAGCAGCCACAAAUUAGAAUCUUUACAUUUGCACCCAUAAACAAAUUGUUUAAAUCUUGUAUUGGAUUUAGUAAUAUACAGUUCUCUGGAGUUUAUCA